AUGGCACCAAAAGCAGAAAAGAAACCAGCUUCCAAGGCUCCAGCUGAAAAGAAACCAGCUGCUAAGAAGACUUCUUCUUCUGAACCAAAGAAGAAGACCAAGGCUAGAAAGGAGACUUACUCUUCUUACAUCUACAAGGUUUUGAAACAAACUCACCCUGACACCGGUAUUUCCCAAAAGGCCAUGUCUAUCAUGAACUCUUUUGUUAACGAUAUCUUCGAAAGAAUUGCCCUGGAGGCAUCCAAGUUGGCUGCUUACAACAAGAAAUCAACUAUCUCCGCCAGAGAAAUUCAAACUGCUGUCAGAUUAAUCUUACCAGGUGAAUUAGCUAAGCAUGCUGUUUCCGAAGGUACCAGAUCUGUCACCAAGUACUCUUCUGCUGCUAACUAA